CACUUUAUCCCGUUGCUGCGGUGUUGUGUGCUACGCGAAGAAACCCUAGAAGCCAGCCUCCAAUCUACCGCCAUGGCGAAGAACCGCAACAAGAGGGGCAAGAACAAGAACGAUUUAAACAAGGACGGAGCCAUGUCGAUCGACGUCUCCACUGAUGCAGUCACAGAUGCUCCUCAACAAAUGGAUACGUCCGAGGGGAAAAAUUCAAAUUCAUUCAUUGGUGCCAUCGACAGGAAGAUCAAGAAAGCUGGACGAGUGACGAGAUCCAAGAACCUCCGGAAACUUAAACGCGUAGCCAAAGCGAUUACAAAAAACGAGAAGGGUGAAGAAAAACAAUUUAAGAUGAAAAGCAGGACGCAGAGGGUUCAGAUGGCCAAGACCCUUUACAAUUAGCUCAAUCUUAUAUAUUCUUAGUUUGUUGUUUUGAGUGCAUGAAUUGUGGAUUUGUAGCCAGUUUUUUUGCCACUUAUAUAGAUUUGUGUCAAAUAAUUAUUAUUUUAUGGUAUUCUCUGA